AUGGCGGAUGUACCUACCGAUGCACCGCAACAUUGUCCUGGCACAACUAGCAAAGAUGCAGGCAAAGGGUCCAUGUGUGCUGGAUGUCCAAAUCAAAUGCUGUGUGCAUCUGGUGUUACGAAGCAACCAGAUCCAAAUAUAGCUAUUGUCAAGGAAAAACUUUCUACAGUAAAAAAUAAAAUACUGGUAUUGUCUGGUAAAGGUGGUGUUGGUAAAAGUACUAUAACAUCAUUGAUAUCGAGGUCUUUAGCAGCAAGCAAUUCUAAUAUAAAUGUUGCUGUAUUAGACAUUGAUAUUUGUGGGCCAUCUCAGCCAAGAGUGCUAGGUGCAAUAGGAGAACAAGUUCAUCAAAGUGGAUCAGGAUGGUCUCCAGUAUAUAUAGAGGACAACUUAUCUUUAAUGUCUAUCGGAUUUUUGCUUGCUAGUCCUAAUGAAGCAGUAAUAUGGAGAGGACCAAAAAAGAAUGGGAUGAUUAGGCAAUUUUUGACAGAAGUUGACUGGGGCAGUUUGGAUUACCUUAUUUUGGAUACACCGCCAGGAACAUCCGACGAACAUUUAUCUGCGACAUCUUAUCUUAAAGAUGUCGGUAUUACAGGAGCAAUAAUCGUGACAACGCCACCGCAGGUUGCACUGUUGGACGUUAGAAAGGAGAUCGAUUUUUGUAGAAAAGUUAAGAUUCCAGUUUUAGGCGUCAUUGAAAAUAUGAGUAUUUUUACUUGCCCUAAAUGCAAGGAUUCUGUCGAGAUAUUUCCCGCGUCGACAGGCGGUGGUCGUGCGAUGGCCAAAGAAUUCAAUGUAGAUUUCUUUGGGUCUUUACCGUUAGAUCCACUUCUAGCCAGAUGUUGCGACGAAGGUAAAAACUUCCUAAUGGAAAUUCCAGAGUCGCCGACUGUUCUUGCGCUACUGGAUAUCGUUCAGAAAAUCGUGGAAAAAUGCGAAAAAGGAAAAGAAAUUUGUCAGAUUGACUUAUCGUGA